UUUAGGUUCAACGGUUUCUGUCUCCUUCAAACGACGGCUCUUGUGCCCCCUGGCGCCACAACACCCAAAACAGGCAGUGGAUGAACAUCCCAUGCACCCUCUUUCUGCAACGAUAUGCAAGGCCGGCCCGCUGAAGAAAAUCAUGCAAAGGAACGACAGGAGAGGCACCGGAUACCUCGGUCGUCCGUCACAAUAGCGCCAGCAAACACCCUAGUUAGGGAACGUGGCCAGCUCGAACUGGGUCUAAUUUCGCCCCUCAAAGUCGCGAGUCAUGUUCCCGCUGCCCAGUUCUUCGGCGAUAGCACAACAGGAUCUUCCCUGAGGAACCUCAAGUCCGACAACACCCUCCUUCGCUGAUGCUGCAGUCGUAGGGUCAUAUCCACAUCCGCCUGUCAAAGAGGACGUCACGGCCGUUGAAGAACCCUAGAAGGUGGGCAAAACUGGAGCCCUUCGACCGGUGGUUGUGCUCUUUUUCCCUUCCUCUUCUGCCCAUAUCCACCACACCGAAACCAAAACAAGGACAGGCAUUGCCGCGAAGCGAAUCCUUCUAGGAAACGAGGGCCGUGGCGUGGCCCUACUGUGAGAGAGGCUGCAACUCGACUGGUCGUUCUCCAACGGUCCAGCGGGGACGGCCGUUUGAAAUACACCGUCGCCAUGUCCAUCCAUGAUCCAUAGUCGCCCGUAACCCUCGUGCUGGCACGAGGGGCAAUAGAACAUCCAGAAGCACGCGGGACAUACUAGUACAUGUAGAAAUCUUCAUCCUUUCUUCGACAUCCUGCUGAACCUCGACGCCAAGUCACACACACACACCUAUCUUCGAAACCCUAUCAAGCGGAACCCAAACACGGCCACAUCACUCGAACAAGACAAGACAGCAGCAGAAGCAAAUCUCCAUCAUGGCAGCCACAACCACCAUCCAAGUCCCCCACCUCGGCGGCAUCACGGCCGGCUACCGCCUGUCCGGGGGCAAGGUCGACCCCGCCAAGCCCACCGUCGUGCUCAUCAACUCCAUGUGCACCACCAGCGCCCUCUACAACGACCAGUUCGACAGCAGGACCCUGACGGACGCCGUCAACCUGUUGGCCGUCGAGCCCCUCGGCCACGGCGCCACCAGCUGCCCGGUCGAGCACUUCACCUACUGGGACACCGCCAUCAUGGCGCUGCAGGUCAUGGACAAGCUCGGCGUCGACAAGGCCUUCGCCCUCGGCACGAGCCAGGGCGGCUGGAUGGUCACCCGCAUGGCCCUCCUGGCCCCGGAGAGGAUCCUUGGCCUCCUCCCCUUGGGCACCUCCAUGGACUACGAAUCGGCCGACUCGCGCGGCAAGGGCUGCUGGGACCCCAAGACCCAGCUUCUGCCCUUCUACGACGCCUGGUCGAGCCCCGUCCCGACGCCCGACUUCGUCGUCGACGACAUCUGGUGCGGCAUGGUCGGCAGCCUGGGCUUCUCCGGCACCGUCCCGCCCGAGACGCUCGCGUUCUGGACCACGACGCUCAAGGCCGUCUACAAGGGCGACGAGGGCCGCCGGAAGCUCAAGAUCGCUCUCGGCAACCUGAUGUCGCGCGACGGCCUCCUGCUCAGGCUGAGAGAUAUCAAGUGCCCCGUCUACUGGCUCCAGGGAACCGCGGACCCCGUCUUCGGCGUCGACAUCCCCACGGAGCAGAUCAAGCUCUUCACGUCCUCGCCCGAGGCGACUCUGACGAUGGUCGAGGGCGGCGGCCACUACUUGAACGCCACCAGCCCCAAGGAGGUCGAGGAGGCUCUGCUCAAGAUGAUUAAGAAGUAUGCUUGAAGCGGCUCUAUUGAGUCAGGGUUGAAGAAUGGCGUUAUGGUUAUGAGUCGUGAAAGCACGAUACGCGAGGGACAUGGGAUGGCAAAUUGUGGCACAUCUCAGGCGGCAUAUCGAACAUCUUGAUGGUGGGCGUGCAUACAUAU